AAUGUUCGAAGUAAUGGGUAUCAGAUCGCUGCCUCCAUUUUCUCUCCCAUCCGCCCUGCAGGGGGGACGCAGCGACUGCCACGUGCCAUUGGGAUGUCCUUGGCCAAAGAGCUCAUCUUCUCUGCCCGUGUGCUCGAUGGCCAGGAAGCCAAAGCAGUGGGCUUGAUCAGCCACGUUCUGGAACAGAACCAGGAGGGGGACGCUGCCUACAGAAAGGCCUUGGACCUGGCAAGGGAGUUUUUACCUCAGGGCCCUGUGGCAAUGAGAGUGGCAAAGUUAGCAAUUAAUCAAGGGAUGGAGGUCGAUCUGGUCACGGGAUUAGCCAUAGAAGAAGCGUGCUACGCUCAGACUAUCCCAACAAAAGACAGACUUGAAGGCCUUCUUGCUUUUAAAGAGAAGAGGACCCCUCGCUAUAAAGGAGAAUAGGAGAAACAGAAAUGGUUAAAACGCCAGUGUCAUAAAGGUACUUCUGGAAGCAUCUCUCAGACCCAGAUGUGCCUCGGUACCUGGAAUCCCAAUGGCCAAAGUGAAGAGCGAGUUACUCGUAUACUGAGCUAAGUGUCUGGAGUGGCCCCUGUGUGUACUUUGUCCCAGUGUGCAUCAUCGCGUCCAUUCAGAUUUAUAAAGCUGGUGACGAACACUGUCAAAACAUCGACCCAGAAUUAGGUACACAUUUCUAAAUACCUCCUGCAUAUGAGGCUUUCUGUUCUUAAUUUUUUUAAUGUGAAUAAUUUAUAUAUAUUGCACACUCUAGGAAAUAAUAAUGAUUGUAUGUCUCCCGUGCUACUGUAUGAAAAUAAAAUUAUUUCUAUAUACCAAAAA